AGGAGUUCAGAGGCAGGGAGACCAUGCGUCGGGACUGGGACCAUGAUGAUGAUGAAGAUUUUCACCAGCAUAGGCAUCAGGGCACUCGUCGGCAGCGUAGCCUCUCUGGGUGGGUGCGUUCCUCGCGAUGCCGUGGUGGUGUGGAGGACUGCUACAGCUCGAGUGGAAGAUACAGGCCAUCCACUCCUUUCCGGCGUAGGGGGAUGGGGAUGGGGCAGCCAGGGCGCUGGACUCCCAAGAUAAAGAACAAAAAGGUCUCUUUUGCAGAUCCUGUCAUCACUGCUAUCUGGCCUACAGAUGUUUCUAAAGGGCACAUCUCUGCUGAAAAUUCCAUUUCACUGGGAGGUAUGGAUCUUGGCACUCAAGCUAUGGAGGAAUACCAAUGUUCUGCACAUCCCAAGAUUGAAGGCCUUUUCUCAAGACCUCUCAGCAAGGAUCAAAUGGAGGCAAUUAUGGAGCUGGCAAAUCAAGGGAAGGGGAAGAAAGGGAGCAAGCUCAGGGGCUACAAAGUGGCGCCACUUAAGGCUCCCAUAAUCAAGGCUGCUUCGGGAAUAUGAGAUGCUCAUCGUGUUGGAGUUAUCAGUGGUUUCCAGUUUUUAUAUUAUGUGUCUGAAGUUGUUCCUACCUUCCUCUUGUCUAGGGGUAGAGCAUGGUGUGUUGCAGCCUCUUUUGCCAGACUUUUGGCUGCUGCUUGAUAUUUGGUGGUCCUGUUGGUGGUUUUCGAACCAUUCGAUCUCGACCCCCACUCAUCUGUAUCGUACUAUUUUAUGGCUGGAACUAAUUUGUGUGUUGUGGGUCAUGUGUUUCUGUUCUUCAAUAUUGGUGGUGAUCAUGGCUGCUAGUCGGCAUCAGAUGUUAAUUAUGUUAUCGCCUUUAUGUGGCAAUGUCUGUUCAAGUGGAGAAAUGGUUACUAUCCAAUGAAUACAAAUUGCUGUAUUUUUUCUUGGAAUGUGAGAGGUCUGAAUGAUCCCGCUAAGCGAGAAAGUGUGAGGCAAACAAUUCUUUCUACG